AUGAAAGCUCUUCUCAAUCCUCAAUCUUCGUUUUCACUCUCUUCUCCGCAGAUCAAGAGACCUCUCUACUUCGACGGACCGAGUUCUUCUUCAUGUCUCCGGUUUCCUUUAACCGAUUUCAACAACCGGCCGUUUCGGCGGAAGCUGACCGGUGGUUUGAAGAUAAAAGCUGUGUUAGACUCCGCAAUGAUGGAGCAGUUAGGACUCAAGGAAUCCGAUAUUAAGAAUCCGGCGCUCUCUUCCACUUACCGGAGAUCGGAGAUUCCAAAGGCAAACGCCACCGUUCUUGAUGCUCAAGCUAAGGUUUGCACCGGACCGACCCAGACUAAACCUCUCAGUGAAGAACAGGCCUUUAAGGUUUUUGAUACUAUAUUAAGAUCAGCUAGAGGGGAGCUAAAAGACGAAGAACCAGUUUCAAAGGCACAGCUUGGGGCGUUUUUCGCUGGAAUGACGAUCCGUGCAAAUGCAUUUCCGGAGGAGACUCAAUGGAGUGAAGGCGAGAAGCGAGCGAUGGAUGUGUUUUGGCCACUUCUUGCUCGAGUACUACCUCCUGACGUGCUCUUCAUUGCGGAUCCUGAAGGCUCUCUAUUGGGAACGGGGAGUUCCGUUGGACCGAAUUUCGUUGGCAAUGAAACUAGAGAGAUGAGAUUGGUUGGUGCUCUUAGAGAGGUUUUAGCUGGAGGCCACUUAGGUUAUGAGGAGGUUAAAGGUGUUUUGAGAGACGUUCUUCCGCUUGCAACUGAAGAUAGCUUGGGAGUGAGCGAGUCGUUGCUUUCAGCGUUUUUGAUUGGUCAACGUAUGAACAGAGAGACAGAUAGAGAGCUUAAAGCUUAUUGCCUUGCGUUCGAUGACGAACUUGGGGCUCCUCCAGUUGCUGAUGUCAAAUCUUUAACUCAUUAUGGCGAGCCUUAUGAUGGGAACACUCGAUUCUUUCGAAGCACUUUGUUCGUGGCUACAGUUAGAGCUUGCUAUGGUGAAUCCUCGUUGCUCCAUGGCGUUGAAUGGAUGCCUCCAAAGGGAGGUGUGACUGAGGAACAAAUGCUGAAGUUUAUGGGAGCAAAUACAAGCUUGUCUGUUCAUCAGGCAAAAGAACUCAUUGAGGACGAGAAGGCUGGAUUUGCAUAUCUUAGUCUACGAGAAGCUCGACCGUCUUUAUAUUCUGUGAUUGGAAUGAGGGAGCAUAUAAAGAAGCGGCCUCCUCUGGCAACAACGGAGAAAGUUCAGCAAUUUGUGAGGGCAACAGGGAAGGAAGCAAUCGUUGCUGGUUUUUACCAUGAAGGCUACGAGGAGCCUCUCCUAAUGCUUAUGAGAAGAAGAGGUGUCCAUUCUGGUUUGGUCAUUAAGGGAGAGGAAGGAGCUCUCUCAAUGACAACAAGGGUGAGAGCAGCAAGCGCAUCAAAAGGGUUUCCAGUUAACUACUGUUCAGGGUUUCGUUCAUUGAGCUCAGACACCGCUCUAGAAGCUGACGGGGUGUCGAGACAGAGUUUCAAUCUUGAGGUGGAUGCGAGAGACUAUGGAUUUGAACCAACCGAGACUCCAAGAACUGAUCGUUCGGUGUCGAAGAACAUAGAGCUUGGUUUGGCUGCGCUGCGUGGUGAGAAAGGAGCGGCGUAUGAUAGAAUCGUACUAAAUGCUGGGAUUGUGGAUCAUCUGUUGGGAUGUGAAGGUGCGGAGGAUGUAGCUGUAGCUAUGGAGAGAGCAAAGGAAGCUAUUGAUAGUGGGAAGGCUCUAAAGAAGCUUUUGAAUUACAUAGAGAUGUCAAGGAAGAUGAAAUAG